AUGUCCAAACAAUCCAUCGCCAUGAUUGCUGCUCUCAGUGCUGGAGGCGGCGCCGCCCUCACGGCCGCCGUCUACUCCUUGCGCUCCAAACCCGACCAACAACAGCAACAACAACCGACACCCACGCUCCCCGGCGCGUACCCAUCACCGCCGCAGCAAACCCCCCUAACCGCCGCCCUCGGCACGCCUCUUUCUACCGGCGUGGCCGCCGCCCCCUCGCCCGUCAACCCGUCCGGCCUCUUUGAGUACGGCUUCCCCGGCCCCGUCGCCGACGUCGCCGCGCGCUCCGCCCUCGUCUCCAGCUACGACCGCCGCACGCGCAACCCGCACUGGGUGGCUGAACACAUCACGCCCGCGUCCCUCGCGCGCCGCGACGCCGACCGCAAACACAGCACCUUUCUCGAGGACACGGCCGUCCCGCCGCAGUUCCGCGCCGGCCUCAAGGACUACUACCGCAGCGGCUACGACCGCGGCCACCAGGUACCCGCCGCCGACGCCAAGUGGUCUCAGCAGGCCAUGGACGACACCUUUUACCUCACCAACAUGUGCCCCCAGGUCGGCGAGGGCUUCAACCGCGACUACUGGGCCCACUUUGAGGACUUUUGCCGCCGCCUGACCGUCCGCUACCCCUCGGUCCGCAUCGUCACCGGCCCGCUCUACCUCCCCCGCAAGGAUCCGGCGGACAACAAGUGGUAUGUCAAGUACGAGAUGAUUGGCAGCCCGCCCUCCGUCGCCGUGCCUACGCACUUCUACAAGGUCAUCUUUGCCGAGGAUGGCAAGGCUGGUGGCAAUGUCGCCCUCGGCGCCUUUGUCCUCCCCAACGCUCCCAUCGACAACAACAAGCCUAUUACCGACUUUGAGGUCCCCGUUGAGGCCGUCGAGCGCGCCAGCGGCCUCGAAUUCGCCUCCAAGCUACCCGCCCAGCGCCGCAAGCGCCUCUGCGCUGAUACCACGUGCGCCUUGGUCAUCAAGGACUACUCCGACAGGCAAAAGGCCUUCGCCAAGGGUGAUAAGCGGGCUUUGCCGCCUACGCAAUAG